AUGGCGGAAGUCGCGGGACUUGCGUUAGCUGGCAACAUCAUCCAGUUUGUGGAUUUCGCGAUCAAAUUGUUCAAGGAAGGACAGGAGCUAUACAGCUCUGCAGAAGGCGUCUCCACGGAAGCCCUUGAACUUGGGUCGAUCACGCAGGCUGUAAAACAGUAUGCACAAGUACUCCAUGCCAGCUCAUCAGUGAAGAACACGUCCAGAGGAGGUCUUGCAGAUAUAACUCACCAGUGCGAGGCUCUGGCGGAUGAGCUGCUCUCCCUCCUUGAAGAAUUAAGGGUCAAAGACAAUCAGAGCCGAAAAUGGGCCACUUUCAAGGUUGCUGUGACUUCCAUUCGCAAGAGCCGGACAAUUGCGGAUCUAGAGAAGCGGUUGAGUCGCAUGCAAGCACUGAUGAGCCAGUUUGUCAUCAGUGAUUUAAGGCAACAACAGUCGAUCUUGCGGAGUGAUAUCCGUCUCCUACGACAGCAGAAUGAUGCGCUGGAAGCCAACACCGUUUCCAAGCUGGACGACAUUGUCUCGCGGCUCAGCAGCCAAGCGGAAGACAAAUCCUCCCCCGCGGUAACGCUCGGAUUGACUGCAUUAGCCGACACCAGUGAAGUAGUAAUCAGAAAACAGCGAGUGCUACGGCGUCUACACUUUGGCAGUAUCAGAGUCCGAUACGACACCGUCAAACUGGCCCACGCCGAAACAUUCAAAUGGAUAUUCGAGAAUUCUCAUAGCAACUUUCGAGAUUGGUUGCAAUCCGGCGACGGUGUCUACUGGAUCUCAGGUAAAGCUGGCAGUGGCAAGUCUACACUAACGAAGUGGUUGCUCAAUCCAGAUGGUGGCCGCGACUCUACACUGUCAAACCUUCAGGCAUGGGCAACGACCAAAAAGUUAAAUGUCGGAUUCCACUUCUUUUGGAACUCUGGGUCGUCCCUUCAAAAGUCCGAAGAGGGCCUGCUGCGGUCCAUAUUAUUUCAGCUAUUCAAAGACGUCCCAGCUUUCAUGGAAGAGAUUUGGCUUCCAUUGGAUGAGUUUGAUGAUGACUGGAACCUUGAGCGUUUCCGCACAGCCAUCCGACGAUUAUCGCAAUCACAACUUCUAGAGGAUCGAAUCUGCAUAUUUAUCGACGGUCUAGACGAGUACAGUGGUGACCAUCAAGACUUGAUAUCGAUCAUUCAAAACCUAGCAUCGAAUCCAUCUAUCAAAGUAUGUGCCUCGAGUCGACCCUGGAAUGCCUUCAUCAGUGCAUUUGCAAAGAGCGUCAACAAAAUCAAGCUGGAAGAUUUGACCCGAGACGAUAUCAAGAAAUAUGUGACAACAAACCUGGCAGAAGACAUCAACUUCAAGGAGCGCGAAUCUUUGGAGCCUCUCUUGAAGACAAUUGCCGAUGAUGUAACUGCAAGAGCCCAAGGUGUCUUUCUAUGGGUGCAUCUUGUCGUACAGUCUCUAAAGAAAGGUCUUAUUGACGGAGCCAGGUUACCCGAAAUGAAAGCGCUGCUUGAUUCUCUCCCAAGUGAUCUGGAGCAAUACUUUCAGCAUAUGAUUGAAUCGAUUGAGCCACAGUAUCGCCAAGAAUCAGUGAGGAUAUUCAAAGUUGCCACUGUUGCGCGUCAGCCACUUCCACUGGUUGCAUAUGAAUUUAUCGAGCGAGAACAAAGUGAUCCUGAAUAUGCACUUCGUGGCCCUGUGAAACUAUACAGUGAAGAUGAAAUUGAGAAUAUUCAUCACAUGAUGAGAAAGCGCUUGAAUGCUCACUGCAAAGAUUUACUCGAGGUUGUACAGGACAAAGCCACUUCCCUUCCCCCACUAUGGUGCUACACGGUCGAUUUUCUUCACAGGACUGUACAGGAGUUCUUUCGCAAGACAGACUGUACAUUUGAGACCUUUGGGAAGUGGAAGCCCGAUGAUUUCGAUGCUGAAUUGUCCUUGUUACGACUAUCGGUUGCGUCUGAGAAGGCUUCCCCACCAGCUAAGGAAUAUCAAAAUGUCCAUCCAUGGGGUCAUACGAUUAGUGACGUUCUGGACACUGACUUUUUCGUGAAUGCAUGUAAGUACUACGCACUGGCGAUCGAGGACCAAUGCGCUCAGGAGAGUGGACAGAAGGAAAGAUUGAAGCAGGAAUUCACCUUGCUUGAUGAGAUGGAGAACGUAUUGGUCUCUAAGCAUGGCAUUGAUUCCAAAUUUGAGGUCGACUAUUGCUACAGAAGCGAGUUAGUCGACAGAAAUGACUACCUUUUAGGAUCGAUGAUCGGCGCUGGCCUGAUGCGCUACGUCGCUUACAGGUUGGAAGAUCCUCAUAUCAAUGAGAGGAUAGCGAGGCCUCUUCUGGGUUAUGCUCUACCAAUGGAAAAUAACCUUAAUCCAUCAAUGGUCAAGUUGCUUCUACAGCGGGGAGCCAAUCCCAACGAGCGCUUCUUUCCUGACACUAGGCUAAGCAGAGAAGCGUCUGUGUGGGCGGAGUAUUUGGGGAAUCUGCCGACGAAGUAUAUUGAGUCCUCGAGGAAUGAAGCGUCCGCUUCAUUUCUCCCUGUUUUGCGGCUACUGCUUGAGCAUGGUGCUGAUCUUGACGAGCUACAAUGGGUCUUGCGCCCGGCGAACAAUUACGGGAGAGGGCAUUUGAAACAAAUUGUGGAGUCGAGCGAGAUCGUAGAACUACUUGAGUCACUGAAGGCGAGCCGUCGGAACGACAAAUCAGUCUUGAAGAGGUUUACGAACAAAGCCAAGCUUCUGUUAAAGGGCACCAAGAAGUAG